AACACUGAAUUUACUGCAUCAAAUCUGUUUAACAGACAACUUUGUUGUCUGUCCUUCCUCUAAAUUAGGGGUCCUCAAACUUUUUACACAGGGGGCUGGCGCGCGGAUGAAGUGCCAGGCAGCCAUCUGCGGCUGCUUGGUUCCCCCCCAACCCCCGGGGGGGCGGGGGGGUCUGUAAAUACCAGGGGCUGAAUUGAGGACCAUGGGGGGCCGUAUCCAGCCCACGGGCCAUAGUUUGAGGACCCCUGCUUUAAAUCAACUAUAAUGCCCUUCCAGAAUCAGUAGAAGGAUAGCAAAUACAUUUAACUAAAAUAAGCCAGUGUUAAAUUGUCUUGUUUAAUGUUAGCAGGAAGCUGAUGGGAAUAUCCUUAAAUCAAAACUGAUACGAAACAGAAAUGUGUCCAAAACUUCAGCUGUAUGUAGUGUCACCUGGAGUAGAUUUCAAACUCUUUAAUCUCCUGGUGAUCAGUCCUAUCUAGAGCAAUGCAGAUAAGUUGUAUUAAGAUGGUAACAACUUAGAUCGUUUCAUAUAUCCACAAUUAUUUUCUUUUAAAAGUAGUUGUGAGUUCAAAGUUAGGUCCAGUUAUCUAAAAAUCAUAAGCAGGAUUUUUUGCUUUGCUCACUUAUGUUAACGCUGGGUAAAAGAACAGAAGUUGAUUUGGAAACCUCUAAGCUGAAGGGUGGUUUCCAAUAAUAUUUUUUUUUGGUUUUGUGAAGUCUUCAGUAUUUUGUUUUCUCCCACAGUACUCCUAGACAGCAGAACCAGCCUCAAAAGUACUACGGAAUUACACCUCCGACUAGCUUUGCUCUUCCUAAGGAUAUAGACCGCAUUCAUACUCAAAAGCUAGUUGAAACAAUGAAACAUUUUGGGGUAUUUGAAGAUGAGGAAGAACUGAAUCACAGGAGGGUUGUUCUUGGGAAACUGAGUAACUUGGUCAAAGAAUGGAUUUCAGAACUUGGUGAGAGAAAGAAUCUUCCCCCUUCAGCAGGAGCAGCAAAUGCUAGUGGCAAAAUAGCUACAUUUGGUUCCUACAGACUUGGAGUACACACUAAAGGUGCUGACAUAGAUGCUGUCUGUAUUGCUCCUAGACAUGUGGAAAGAUCGGAUUUUUUUCAGUCAUUCUUGGAAAAACUGAAACGUCAGGAGAAAAUAAAAUGUCUAAGAGCAGUUGAAGACGCCUAUGUACCUGUUGUCAAAUUCGAGUUUGAUGGUAUUGAGAUUGACCUUGUGUUUGCGAGACUGUUAGUGCAGACUGUUUCUGACAAUCUUGAUCUCAGAGAUGACUCGCAUCUGAGAAACCUGGAUAUAAGAUGUAUACGGAGCUUAAAUGGUUGCAGGGUUACUGAUGAAAUACUAAAUCUAGUGCCAAAUAAAGAUAACUUCCGGCUCACACUCCGUGCAAUCAAACUGUGGGCCAAACAGCGCGGCAUUUACUCCAACGUUCUGGGAUUUCUUGGUGGAGUUUCCUGGGCAAUGCUAGUAGCAAGAACAUGUCAACUCUACCCGAAUGCUUUGCCUUCUACACUUCUUAACAAGUUCUUCUUGGUUUUUUCAAAAUGGGAAUGGCCAAAUCCUGUAAUGCUGAAACAACCUGAAGAGAGCAACCUUAAUUUACCAGUAUGGGACCCUAGGGUGAACCCCUUGGACCGUCAUCACGUAAUGCCUAUCAUCACACCUGCCUACCCACAACAGAACUCUACAUACAAUGUGUCUGUGUCAACACGAGCGGUAAUGAUAGAGGAGCUCAAACAUGGUCUUGCAGUUACAAAUGAGAUUCUCCAAGGAAAAGCGGACUGGUCAAAGCUCUUUGAACCACUAAACUUCUUUCAGAAAUACAAACAUUAUAUUGUGCUAACUGCUAGUGCCUUUACGGAAGAGCAUAGCUUGAAGUGGGCUGGCCUUGUCGAAUCUAAAAUUCGUCUGCUGGUUGGAAGCUUGGAGAGGAAUGAAUUUAUAACCAUUGCACAUGUAAAGCCACAGUCUUUCCCUGGCAAGCAAGAACCCUAUAAACAGAACAGAUACGUGUCAAUGUGGUUCAUUGGAAUCGUAUUUAAGAAAGCGGACAAUUCAGAAGUUGUUAAUAUUGAUUUAACUUAUGUCAUACAGUCAUUCACAAAUACAGUUUACAGGCACGCUAGCAACCUCAAUGUGCUGAAGGAAGAUAUGAAGAUUGAGGCAACUUAUGUGAAGAAAAAGCAUCUCCACUAUUUUCUGCCUGAAGAGGCCUUACAGAAAAAAAAGAAGCAAAGUAUGACAAUUUACAAUCAAAAUAUGUAUGGGCUUCAGUACAAAACGAAUCCUUCAGAUGGAAGCUAUUUGGACAGUUCCAGAAACAUGGACUCCAGGACACCAAAAUACUCCUCUUCAUUCAAUAAAAUAUCUACAUGGGACACCUCUCCAGCAGAGAUACAAAGAAAUUCUACGUAUCUGAGAUGUAACGGUACUGGUGAUCAAGAGAAGAUGCCUUGUGUAUUUAUGCCAUCAGUGCCUAAGGGACCCUCCACUCCUGUUGUUGAUUCACAAAUGGAGGCUACAGUUGCAGUGAGAGCAUCAGGACCUCCAGCCGGUUUCACCACUCCAGGACCUAACAAAACUUCUCAACUUGGAGCAUGUUUUGUCAAAGGACAGCAUGAAUUCAGCAGGACUCCAAUUGCGGAGCCUAAUAAUGCUGUGCCUAAAUGGCCUUAUUCACAGAACUCUAAGGGAUAUUAUUCACCUAUAUCACAAGAAUACCCAAAAAAAGCAAUAAGUGGAGACAAGUUAACCAGACGGGACUCUGUGUUCAAAGAUGCUGGCAAACCACAAGAUGUCAGAAGAUCUAUGGAAAAUGGUGGCCUUGGAGGAAAAGCCACGCAGGUUCCAUUUGUCAACGGCACAAGAUCACAGGUAUUAUUUAUUGUCCGUUUGUGUUCAUAGGUAAAACAAAACUAGAAUUUUCAUUUCAUGUAUAUAGAUGUGUAUACUACUAAUGUGUAAACUUGGUGGUUUGAAGUAGUUGGUAAGUUUCUGCCUGUCAUGCCUUCACCAAACUGAAUAGGUGAAAAAUGACCUUCCAGGUUUACUCACAGAAGUGAAGCCAAAGUUUCCAAGUUAUUAGACUUGAAAACCCAUGUACUCAAACACCGACACAGUUUGUCUCCUGAUUCAGCUUUUUUUCUGAAGCAAAAAAUCUGUACUCCUUGCAGAUCUUUCAUGAGGCAAUCUGAGCACUUAAAUACUUGUAUGCUGA